AUGUACAAAUUGAACGGUUUGUAUGAUUCUACGUUUACCCAUUUGAAUGGUCCUUCUAUUAAAGUCACGAUUGUCGCUAACCUUAAUUUGGACAGAGUUGUGCCGCCCCCGAACCCACAGAGUCAGGGUUCGAGCCCGGCUGAAGAGGCUCGAAGUGUUGGCGCCUUCGGGACGAGAAUAGCUCUUUUUGAUGCAUUAAGUUGCGUGCAACUCAUUGCGAGAGCUAGCCUCCUCUUUACUGCGUCAUUCGUAGAUUUGUGGUCAGCCCAAUAG